AUGUACGAAGACGACCGAGCACGAAGGCGGUCCUUCCCCUCACUUGGACGUAAGCGAUCGAACUCCGCGCUGUCCUCGCCGACGACGCUGACGACGCCGAGCGAGGUGAAGAGUGCACAAUACCGAGACUCGCGCUUUCAGCCACUGCUCGAAACCAAAGGUGUUUUCAUGGAUAAGUCCGAAGAUGGGAUCACGGUUGAGAGUAAAACUUGUUACAUGGCGUUGCUCACUUCCGAGCAAACGAUUCCAACCGAGUCGCUAUUUCGAGACGAAUUGUUUGAGGAAACAUGCCGAAACGCGGCGAAUAGGAAUGAGGCAAGAGUAGUGCGGGAUAUUUUGCCCUUAAUCGUCCCCCCGGCGGAAAUUCUCGCAGCAAACGGCUCCGCCGGCCUCAAGUGUUUGGUCGAGAGUAUAAAUGAGGGAUGGAGCAGUUCGAUCCCCCUAACUGGAAUCCCUCGUCCGCAACCAGACUAUUCCGUUGGGUUUCGGCAAAAAGCAUUCACCAACGACCAACUUACCAAGUUGAAGCCAUUUGUUGGCGACCCCCUCGCCGACGACCAAUCCUUCUUUAUGGCUACAAAAUACAUGUACUUCCCCUUCCUCACCUGUGAGGUAAAGUGCCGGCUUGCAUCAUCCGACUUGGAUGUUGCGGACUGCCAGAACGCCCACAGCAUGGCUCUCGCGGCACAAGGAAUCGUCAAGCUCUUCCGUAAUGUGGGGCGGGAGAACGAGGUCCACCGACAGAUCGUUUCGUUCUCCGUCUCACACGACCAUCACUGGGUACGAAUCUACGGCUACUAUCCGGUCAUCGAUGGAAAGGACAUCAAAUACUACCGCCAUCCGAUUCAUGAAUUUAGCUUUACGGCCAUGGAUGGCAAGGAGAAGUGGACGGCAUACCGAUUUGUCAAGAACAUUUACGACAAUUGGAUGCCCGACCACUUCAAGAGAAUCUGCUCGGCCAUCGACCAGUUGCCUAACCUGGACCUUGAGGUCCAAGCACUUUCCAAGUCGAACGGCUUGUCCCAGGACCUUGGAAUUCAAGUGGAAUUGUCGGAGGCCGACUCCGAGUCGCUACGCAUGGAUAAGGUCACGAUACCGGCGCCUGCUAAGAGGAGGAAGGAACAGUCCGGCUAA